UUUUGCGGCUGCGGCAUGUCCCGGCUGAAUCUUCCAUAUCAUCGUGGCAUUGUUGCCUCAUUAGCGCACCUUGUCCAUUCCGUAAGCGCUACUAGCCUACGUCUACACAUUACCGAAUCGCAUUAAGGGGGAGAGAGAUGGCUGGGAAGAAGGCGGCGGGCGAAAACAGCAAGAAAGCAGCGGGCAAUGCGAAGAAGGCCGAGGUAGCGGCGCAGAAGCAAGCGGCAUCGAACGCGAAAGCAGAAGCUGCUGAAAGCGAGGAAUGGGGCAAAGGCGCCAAAGACAACAGCAAGGCCGCAGCAGCAGCAGCCAAGGCUGAAGAAGCGGCCCGUAAGAAAGCUGAGAAGGCUGCAAUACUAAAAGAGGAGGAGGAUUCACUGCCCAGCAAAUCGACAAAGCCCUCCAAAAAUGCUCCUCCUCCUAAGAAAUCUCGCGGUCUCGAUCUCUCUGGCCUCGACGGCGAUGAUGCCACUUCCAAAUCGGCCCUCUCCGCUCUCAACGCCUCCGGCAUCGACUCGGCGUUGGACGCUCUGGACAUAACAUCCAACAAGACCGAACAGAUUGAUCGGCACCCCGAGCGUAGGUUUCCGGCUGCUUAUAAGGCCUUUGAGGAACGGAGGUUGGAGGAGAUGAAGGAUGAGAAGGGUUUGCGGCGGAACCAAAAGAUCGAGCAGAUACGGAAGGAAUUUGAGAAGCACCCAGACAAUCCGUUCAAUCAGGUUAGCGGGUCUUACAACUUGAGUAAGGACGAGAUGAAGGAGUUGAGGGAGAGUGUGAAGGAGUCGAAGGAAGGGUUCUUGACUGGGAAGUGAGACAGCUGCAGGACUGGACACCAAUAAGAUGUCGUCUUCAGAUGAUGCCGACCAGCGACGAGGAGCAGCCACAGCUGCCAUCUGUUUGGCUGCCACCGGGCACAACUCCCUCUACUAGAGUAUGUCGCAGCAAUAGCCGCUCGCACUGCAAGGUGGCGUAGCGGGCGAUGUGGCAGGCCACUGACGACUGACGAGAUUGAUGAGUCGCAGACGGGGUAGCACUUUUGGGCUGCGUGUGUAGGACUGCGAUGAUUGUGUGGUGGAAGGGCGAGACAUACUAGCAUAGUAGCACCUUCCAAUAGUAGCCAAAGCUCACGUGCAACAAUUGUGCAUGCGGUGCAUUGGAUCGAGCAGCGAGCGGCCGGCAUUCGGGUUUAGCGGAGAUAAGUUUUCGGCAUUGAUGCUGUAGCGCUUCGGAAGUGUGGGGAGAGUGGAGGUGCAAUGGCGUGCUUGAGUCACGACAUAUACUUCAGGUAUAUCAUCCG